AUGGUGGAAGCUUUCUCCUCCCCAAUGGCCCGUGGGUGCUGUGACAAGAGGUUGUGGACGAAUAUCGAUUUGAAUCGCUGUAAAUCGAUUACACCCCUCAUGCUGAGUGGCAUUAUCAGGAGGCAACCCGUCACCCUGGACCUGAGCUGGACAAACAUCUCGAAAAAACAGCUCACCUGGCUCAUCAACCGGCUGCCAGGUCUGAAGGACUUGGUUGUCUCAGGCUGUUCCUCAGCGAUCUCUGCCCUCUGUAGUUCCAGUUGCCCUUUGCUCAGGAUCCUCGACCUCAGAUGGGUGGAAGGACUGAAAGACGCUCAGAUGAGAGAUUUGCUCUCCCCUCCAACUGACAACAGACCAGGCCAGAUCGACAAUCGUAGCAAGCUACGUAACGUGAUGGACCUGCGCCUGGGCGGGCUGGAUGUCACGGACUCGACACUCCGGCUUAUAAUCCGCCACAUGCCGCUGCUCGCCAAACUGGAUCUCAGUUACUGCAAUCACCUAACCGACCAGUCGAUGAACUUGCUCACCGCGGUGGGCAGCAGCACCAGGGAUUCCUUGACGGAGAUCAACCUAUCAGUUUGCAAUCGAGUCACUGACCAAUGCCUGGCCUACUUCAAACGUUGUGGCAACGUCUGUCGGAUAGACCUCCGCUAUUGCAAGCAGAUAAGUAAAGAAGGCUGUGAAAAGUUCAUAGCAGAGAUGUCUGUCAGUGUUCAGUUCAGCCUGUCAGAGGAGAGACUAUUACAGAAACUUAGUUAACUGCAGGAAACCCAGUUGAAGGGACACUUGGAGACUUGUGUCCGUGAAGGAGGGACAUCGGACGUUCUGCUCCCUGUCAUUUAAUUACUCCCAGCUUCCGCUUCAAACACAGGAAAAGCCUGGAUUGGGCUGGUGGAGCGGAGAGAUUGAAAACACUGUUCAGCAACAGAAGCUGCUUACUUUGAACCAGAAACUUUUCUACUGGCUUAAAAACAUCACUCCGAAGUACAAAACUUUAUGUUUUAAAUGUGUGUGUGUGUCUGUAUAUAUAUAUUAUAUAUAUAUAUAUAUAUAUAAAAUGAAGAAACCCACACCCAUUCACGAGCGUUUGACCGAACACGGAGGGAAAAGCGAGAGGGAGAAGAAAAUAACAGAUUGAACGCAACAUUUCCAUGCACGAAUUACAAUUAGGGGCAUGUACAUUGUAAAUUUUUAUUUUUUGUUCCUUUUUAAAACCGGCCGCAGUCUUAAAAACGAAAAAAAAAAAUUGUGGACAUAUCCGACCGUAUAUUGGGAGUCAUUUCAACCUGGUUAUAAAUAAUGUUCUGUUUUGCUACACUCUUAACCAUCGUACAUUAUCCAGAAAUAUUUUUGUACAGAAAUUACUUUAUUGAGAGUACAGUACUGUGAAAAAAAA